AUGGGUCGUACUACAGGUCCUGAUACAGCACCGCCGAGACGAGGGCGAGGCCGAGACGACGCACCUCGAUCGUCACAAUCUCGAACAGUGGUCAUUUCGAAGGCUUGUUCGAAACUUCUCAGACACCAAGCAGUCAACGAAGGUAUACCAAUUACCAGCGACGGGUGGGUAAGACUGGAUCAUCUGCUGAGUUGGAAAGGACUAAGUGGAAGAAAUGGUCCAAAUCCACCUCCCACUAUUGAGGACAUUUUCGACGCAGUGGAGGAUAAUGACAAGGAACGAUUUGCUGUGAGAUGGAUUCGGACACGUGCGAAAGAUAUGACGGAGAGCGUUGCCCAAGGACAUGAGCAGACAGUCAAGGAAGUACAGAUCCAGCCUUCUACGACGAUCAAGGAUCUGGUCAGUACGGGCCAAGCACAAAGCACCACAUCCGAAGCUUCUACCUCUCGAGCUCAAACAAAUGAAGCCAAUGGCAACGUCAACGACUCUCACGACGACUUAGAAACCGAUGCAGAAGCUCAGAGAGCAGAAUCAGAGACAGCUCAAGCAAUAUCUCAUUACCGCAACGCAAAACCGACACCUCCCGCCUUCGAGUUCCUGAUACGCGCCGUUCAAGGUCAUAGCAUACAAACCGUUGCAUCUGACACUUCCCUCUUGAAACCGAUCACCCUUGAUGAUCCAUCCAGCAUCCCAGACACGUGUGUCCAUGGGACUUUCUACGGCGCUUGGAACGAUGUCUUACGUAGUGGCGGCCUCAAACCCAUGGGUCGCAACCAUGUUCAUUUUGCUGCUGGUCCAAGUCUGAAUGAGAUUGGCGUCACUGAGGACGCAAGUGCCACUCAAGAAGCAAGCGACAAAGUGAUCAGUGGUAUGAGACGCGAUGCACAACUACUGAUCUACAUCGACCUCAAGAGAUGUCUUCAAGACGUGAAGGAGAAAGGGAUCGAGAUGUUAUGGUGGCGGAGUGAGAACGAGGUAAUUCUUACUGAGGGUGUGGAAGCAAGUCUGGUCACAGAUGUUUCAGAAUCAACCGCACCUGGCGUGGAAGGUGGGAGUAUACCAACAACGGAAGUGCUGGGAUCUACUCAGGAGGGUACAACAGAUGAAGAACUUCAGGCACGUGCUAGAGGCACUGUGAAGACUCUCGAUCUGAUACUUGAACCAGGUCAAACACCUCAAAUUGCCAGACAUGAGCCAUGUGAACAUACUGCAGAUCCGGGUGGUGACCCGACCGAUUCGAGGUCGAAAGGUAGAAAGCAACAGCACGGUGGUAAAGGAAAACACGCCCAGGCCGCAUCGCAGAGCAAGCUUGUGCCUCUAAGGUAUUGGAAAGUAGUAGUUGACGUCAAGAGCGAAUAUGGUGUGAUAUGGCGGCAGGGCGAAGGUGUUGUGAAACAUUUGCCGGAUGAGUUGUUGAAGAAGGGAACUCCCAAGUCCUUUCGAGGAAGAGGUGGGAGAGGGAGAGGGAGAGGGAGAGGACGGUGA